UACUUUUGAGUCCGACGAACGGAAUUUGGUUUCUCAGCUCCAACUCCAAAGCGUUUUCUCUUUCCUCCGCCAAAUCUUCCGUUUGCUAUCGGAAUUCCAACAAUUCCCGGCUCUCUUCUUCUUCACAACAGUUGCAUUUUCAAUUUUCUUUUGCAAUUUGCAGUAUCUUUUAAACAAAGAACCCAAAUUCGCCUUGAUCAAGAUCUCCAUCGCUCCUUCCCCUGUCGAAUGAACUCUCGAUCGGAUUGGAAAACCUUCAUCAAUUGCCCCCUGUCAAGCAACAACUUCUCUCAAGCCUUAUUGGACCUUCAAUUCUGAGAUGGAUUGGGUUUAGGGUACAGAAUGAUUACUGGGUAUCUGAAUUCAGGGCUCUGAUUGUUCAGCCAUGUGGUUUUCCUUCUGGAGAUCCAGGGAUCGAUUCUCGUUGGAAGAACUCAGGUAUUUAACUGAUCAGCUGCUGAAGAUUCAAAUAGUCAAUGAGGUUAACAAGGAUUUUGUUAUUGAGGUGCUGCGAUCAAUAGCAGAGUUGAUAACUUAUGGUGACCAGCAUGAUGCAUCCUUUUUUGAGUUUUUCAUGGAGAAACAAGUCAUGGGAGAAUUUGUACGUAUUUUGGAGAUGAGCAAGACUGCAGCUGUUUCGCUUCAGUUGUUGCAGACAAUGAACAUUAUAAUUCAGAACCUCAAAAGUGAACAUGCUAUAUAUUACCUAUUCAGUACUGAACAUAUGAACAAGCUAAUAACAUAUGCAUUUGAUUUCCGGAAUGAUGAGUUGUUGUCUUACUAUAUGUCCUUCUUAAGAGCAAUUAGUGGAAAGCUGAACAAGAACACGAUCUCCCUUCUUGUGAAAACUCAAAAUGAUAAAGUAGUAUCUUUUCCAAUGUAUGUAGAGGCUAUACGGUUUGCUUUUCAUGAAGAAAAUACGAUCCGCACAGCAGUUCGGACCUUGACACUUAAUGUAUAUCAUGUUGGUGAUGAUUGUGUCAACAGAUUCAUCACCAGCCUCCCUCAUGCAGAAUAUUUCUCAAAUUUAGUGACAUUUUUUAGGAAGCAGUGCAUUAACUUGAAUGAGUUGGUCUUUAAGACAAUGAGAAGCACUGAGCUCUCAACCUCUACAAUUCUUGCUGCUGUAGAUGAAAUUGAAGACAACCUUUACUAUAUUAGUGAUGUUAUUUCUGCAGGGAUUCCUGACGUGGGAAGGUUAAUAACUGAUAACAUUUUGCGGCACUUGAUCUUUCCUUUGCUUCUUCCGUCUUUGAGGAUAGAGGCUGUUAAUGGGGUACAAAUUGGAGCUGUCACUUCUCUGUAUUUACUUUGUUGCAUUUUGCGCAUAGUUAAAAUAAAAGAUUUGGCAAACACCAUCUCUGCUGCCUUUUUCUGUCCAUUGGAUGCCUUCUCCCCACACUGUGAAGAUAGAGUUAAUGGAAAUAUGGCUCAGUUAUGUUGCAUAAAUAGAAGCCAGUUAUCAGAAGGUGAUAGCAUUGUGAGGCAGCCGUUGGAUGCUGAAUCUUUAAGAAAUGAAGUAUUGGAUUCAUCUCCUCCUAAAACUGAGCUAGAAGAUGGGAUGAUGAAGAAUGAUUGUCCAGGCUCACACUUGGAAUUAAGGGAAUCGUUGCUUUCUCAUAUUACAAUUGGAGAUAAUUUACAAGUCUUGGGUGCCUUGAACGUUCUGGCUACACUAUUGCAGACUAAAGAACUGGAUGAGUCAAUGCUGGAUGCUCUUGGAAUCCUUCCUCAAAGAAAACAACAUAAGAAAUUGUUAUUGGAAGCCUUGGUUGGUGAGGAUUCCGGCGAAGAGCAACUCUUUUCUUCAGAAAAUACCUCAGUGAAAGGUGGCAUUGAUAUUGAACUUGAUGGUUACCUACAUAAGCUUAAGGAUUACGGCAUUUCAUAUUUUCUUAAAGGAUGUGCAAGCCCUCGUGUCCAUAGGUUUCAGGUGCUAAAUGCAUUGGUCAGUCUCUUUUGUCGCUCAAAUAUAUCUGCAGAAAUAUUGUGGGAUGGGGGGUGGCUUUUGCGGCAGUUGUUACCUUACAGUGAGGCAGAGUUUAACAGCCAUCAUCUAAAAUUGCUUAAAGAUUCAUAUAAAAACUGUGUCAUUGAGCUCCUGCAGGAAACUAGAGGGACUUGGCCUGAUCUCCUCCUAACAGUUCUUUCUGACGAGUGGAAAAAGUGCAAAAGAGCAAUUGAAGCCCCAUCACCAAGGAGAGAACCAAAGUGCAUGCUCUUGCACUCUGCAAAAGCUUCUGUAGAAGAUGCUGUUCCACCUGAAUCGUCAUUUGCUGCUGGUCAAAGAAUGUCCGAGUUGGUAAAGGUAUUUGUUCUUCUACACCAACUUCAAUCAUUUUCCCUAGGCAAGGCUUUGUUGGAGCAGCCUGCCAUUGUUCCUCCUUCCGAAAUUUCUGAAACUUCCCGCGCAAAGGUUGCUGGACUAGAUGCUUCAGGACCUAAACCGGGUGUUGAAUUGAGACUUGAUGGUGCUGUGUCUUGUAGAAUUGCAUUUGAGAGGGGCAAAGAGCGCCAUUUUUACUUUCUUGGAGCUUCUAUGGGGACCUCCGGAUGGAUAAUUCUUGCUGAAGAACUGCCAUCAAAAUUUCGUUGUGGAAUUAUUCGAGUUGCUGCACCUCUGGCUGGAUCAAAUCCUAGAAUUGAUGAAAAGCAUUCAAGGUGGCUGCAUUUGAGGAUUCGCCCUUCAACUUUACCCUUUCUCGAUCCUGCUAAAUUCGGUACGUCAAUAAAGCUUAAGAACAAACCUUUUGUGGAUGGGAGAUGGAUCCUAGCAUUCCAGGAUGAGGAUACCUGCAAAUCUGCUCUAUCUAUGAUUCUGGAGGAGAUUAAUCUGCAAAGCAAAGAGGUAGAGAGAAGACUGAAGCCAUUGGUCGAUCUCGAAAGAGCGGUAGAUUCUUCACACCUGUCUUUUUGUUCUACUAAGAGUAAGACAUCGAUUCCUAAUACAACUCCUAAUCUAUUGUGAGUCUUUAUGCAUUAAUUUUCAUAUAUGCUUGUUUCCCCUCAAUAAUAGAUUUACUAAAUUAAGGGUGAUGUAUUAUUUAUGUAACCACCCUUUUUGUAUAUGUUCACAGCCCCUACCUCAGAAAUGCCAAGAAAAGAAGAAUAGUUUUAGCAUAUGAGAGUUUGUAUCAUUCUUUGUAUAGUAUUUCUUCUUAUUUGUUCAUUUAUCCAGGUUUUGCUCCUUCAUUCUUUUGUUGAUUUAACCAAAAAUGGCUUCUUCUUCUUCUUCUUCUUCUUCUUCUCUCUCUAUGUAAGAAAUGAAUAUCAGUGUAUAAUUUAAUUGAAUUCUAGAAGAUUUGAUGUAGUCAUGAAAUUCAAUUACCUGUUUCAUAA